CCUAAAUUUACUGCUAUGAAGGAACUAAAGUUUCUUGUCCUGCUUUCUAUUUUAUGGGGCAGGGCCUUUGGCCUUACCAACACUCAGCAUUCAUGGACUGCUCCUGAGAAUGAAGACUCCUCACUGACUCGUAACUUCACUUCAGCCCCUAUAAGUGAAAUACUGAGCCUCCGAGUGCUCUUGGCCACUCAGAAUCCCUCCAAGGACCCUGAAACUCCUGAGAGACCUUCUGAUGACACUAACCUACAGUCAACACCGCAGCCCUCUGAGACAGUCAUCCCUCCUGAGGGGAGGAGAAGCCAAACACCCUCACUCCUAGAGAAGACAGAGACAGCGGUGGUAUCCCUGCCUCUCUCUCUCCAGAACAAACCCAACAUCAAGCCCAGCCCUGGAGCAGAAAAGCUCAUGCUUGCUAAUGCCACGUUGAAAUUCCUUCAGAGUUUUUCCAGAAAUUCCAAACAACAAGCAGUCUCCCCUAAAUCGACUGGAGAUAUGGGAAACAGGUCUGCAAAAGAAACACAUCUCAGGAGAAUUGACAACAGCGGAAAUCAAAGAGCCAGCUAUCAAAAAUCCAGUUUUGAAACAACUAGAGGGAAGAAUUGGUGUGCUCGUGUACAUACCAAGCUAAUGCCGAUAGUGAUACUGGACACUAAUGGUUCUUAUGUACCAAAUGGGAGAAGAUGCUGUGGCUGGUCUAGUGGACUUAGUUCCCAAAGAACUCAGCAUAAGAUUGUCACCUCAUUAGAAUGGAGAUGCUGUCCUGGAUACAUAGGACACAACUGUCAGCUCAAAGUGAAAGAACAGCGGCAACUAGCAUACAGUAACCAGGCUGAAAGUCACACAGCUGUUGACCAAGGAACAGGCCUGCAGCAGAAGCAAGACUGUGGUGACCCAGCCAUGAUUCAAAAAAUGGCAGAGCAACUGAGCCAGCAGGAGAGGAAGCUCAUGCUUCUGCAGAAGAAGGUUGACAAUGUUUCUCUGGCGGCAGACGAGAUGAGGAAUGCAUACCUCUCCCUAGAAGGGAAAGUUAGUGAAGACAACAGCAGGGAAUUUCAAUCUUUUCUAAAAGCUCUAAAAUCAAGGAGUAUUGAUGAUCUGCUAAAAAAUAUAGUAAAAGAACAAUUUAAAGUCUUCCAAGAUGACAUGCAGGAAACUAUUGCUAAGGUCUUCAAGACUGUGUCACGUCUAUCAGAGGACUUGGAAAGUACCAGGCAGGCAGUUCUACAAGUGAACCAGUCCUUUGUUUCAGUGACAGCCCAGCAAGACUCUGCUUUAACGCAAGAAAAUCAACCCACAUGGAAGGACAUCACAGAUCUAAAGAAAAGCAUCACGAACAUUAGGCAGGAAAUGGCUUUGACCUGUGAGAAGCCUGUCAAGGAACUGGAAGCAAAGCAAUCUCAUUUGGAAGGAGCACUAAGACAGGAGCACUCACAGAUCGUUCUGUAUCACCAAUCCCUCAAUGAAACUCUCUCUAAAAUGCAAGAAGCGCACACGCAGCUGUUAUCAGUUCUACAAGUAUCGGGAACAAAGAAUGUUGCCACCGAGGAAUCAGUCAACAGUAAUGUCACUAAGUAUAUAUCUGUGCUACAGGAGACAGCAAGCAAGCAAGGUCUGAUGCUCCUGCAGAUGCUCAGCGAUUUGCAUGUCCAAGAGAGCAAGAUCAGCAACCUGACCAUCCUUUUGGAGCUAGAGAAAGAAUCAGCCAGGGGAGAAUGUGAAGAAAUGCUAUCUAAAUGCAGGAAUGACUUUAAAUUUCAACUCAGGGACACAGAAGAAAAUCUGCAUGUGUUAAAUCAAACAUUAUCUGAGGUUAUCUUUCCCAUGGACAUAAAGGUGGAUAAAAUGAGUGAACAGCUGAAUGAUUUGACAUAUGAUAUGGAGAUCCUCCAGCCUUUGCUGGAGCAGAGGUCAUCACUUCAACAGCAGGUUAUACGUGAGCCAAAGGAACCCACAGUUACACGCAGAGAGUUACAAAACCUGAUCGGUGCCAUCAACCGACUGAAUGUCCUUACCAAAGAACUUACAAAAAGACACAACUUACUCAGAAAUGAAGUGCAAAGCCAAGGUGAAGCCUUUGAAAGACGCAUCAGUGACCAUGCCUUAGAAACAGAAGAUGGCCUAAAUAAGACAAUGACUGUUAUAAACAAUGCCAUCGAUUUUGUUCAAGAUAACUAUGUGUUAAAGGAGACUUUAAGUGCUACGACAUAUAAUCCCAAGGCUUGUGAGUGUAACCAAAAUACGGACACUAUUUUAACAUUUAUUUCUGAAUUCCGGCAUUUGAAUGAUUCUAUUCAGACUUUGGUCAAUGACAAUCAGAAAUACAAUUUUAUUUUGCAAAUUGCUAAAGCCCUUACAGCUAUCCCUAAAGAUGAAAAACUAAGCCAGUUAAAUUUUCAAAAGAUUUAUCAAAUGCUCAAUGAAACCACUUCCCAGGUGAACAAAUGUCAGCAAAACAUGAGUUAUUUAGGAGAAAAUAUGCUCUCAGUAACAAAGAGUGCCAAAGAGAUUGAAACUCGUUUACAAGGCAUUGAAUCUAAAGUUACCAAGACACUCAUACCUUACUAUAUUUCAUUUAAAAAAGGUGGAAUACUAUCAAAUGAGAGAGAUGUUGAUCUUCAGCUGAAGGUAUUAAAUACAAGAUUUAAGGCACUGGAAGCAAAAUCCAUCCAUCUUUCAGUGAGUUUCUCUUUGCUUAAUAAAACUGUCCAUGAGCUUUCAAUGACAUGCCAUAAUGCUUCUAUAAGUACAUAUGGACAGAAUGCAUCCAUACCCAUGUGGACCAAAGACUCUCUGCCAGACAGUCACAGUUCUCAGAAAAGUCUGAAAGAAUUUGUGGAAUCAAUAAUUGAAAUAAAAACUCAAGCUGCCUUAUCUAAUUUAACUUGGAAAGUUGAUCGAUUGUUAUCUGAUAGUCUGGCAAAUAUUGUCAAGCCUCAGAGGCAAAUAAAACUGCAGAAGAAACCCAAUCCUCUUAAGAAAACAGUGAACGUGACCACUAUCCUGAUAGGACGAACACAAAGGAACACAGACACCAUUACACAUCCGGUAGCGCAGGAACAUUCCAGCUGCAGCAGCUUCCCCUGCCAGAAUGGUGGCACGUGCAUCAGCGGUAGAUCCGGCUUCAUCUGCGCUUGCCGGCAUCCGUUCAUGGGAGACACUUGCACCGUGAAGAUAGUAGAAGAUAAUGCAGUAGCACCAGAUUUUUCCAAAGGAUCUUACAGAUACGCUCCAAUGGUGGCGUUUUUCGUAUCUCACACUCACGGAAUGACGGAACCUGGUCCUAUCCUGUUCAAUGAUCUAAGUGUCAAUUAUGGGGCCUCAUAUAACCCAAGAACUGGCAAGUUCAGAAUUCCAUACCUUGGAGUGUACAUAUUCAAGUACACUAUUGAGUCAUUCAGUGCUCACAUCUCGGGGUUUUUUGUGGUGGAUGGAGUAGACAAGCUUAGAUUUGAAUCUGAAAAUAUUGACAAUGAGAUACACUGUGACAGAGUUUUGACUGGGGAUGCCUUAUUUGAAUUAAAUUAUGGACAGGAAGUGUGGUUGCGACUUGUAAAAGGAACAAUCCCAGUCAAAUAUCCCCCUGUGACCACAUUCAGUGGGUACUUGUUAUACCGCACCUAAGUUUGUGUGAGAGGUAGACUCUCGACACUACUCCAUCGUUCUCUGCCUUUUUAUGUAUCCUUGCAUGCACAUCAGUGCUACUGUGGUAUUUCUACACUAAAUGAGAUAUCUCACUGAAGAGCCUGAGUGUUUAUUUCACAAAAUGAUUUGUCCUGUGCAGAAAGGGAUCCUCUCUCCUAAGGAGACACAGAGGCAUAGAAACCAAAUGCGACCACUACCCCAAGCAUUGUGCCUGCCUCCCAUGCAUGCCACCCUGUGCUCCUUCCCUGUGAGUCUUCCCAGUGUAGAUAAAAUGUCACAGCAG